AUGAAGCACUUCAAAGCCCUCCUGGUCCUGUCGCUCCUGCUGGCCUGCCUCACCAGCUUCUCGCUGGCCGCCCCCCUCGCCGCCGCCCUGUCGUGCCCCAACUGGGCCGUCGGUGCCACCUAUAACAUCGGUGACUGCGUUACUUAUGGCGGGAACACCUGGAUCUGUGCCAUCCCGCACACUGCCAUCGCUCCGUGGGCUCCCAUCGCCGGCAACGCUCUCUGGACCCUGAACGGCCCUGCCACCAGCAUCUGGACCUACCCCGGCGACUCUCUCGUCAGCUACCUCAACAUCAACUACAUCAACAAGUACUACGCCAAUGCCGGUGACUGGCCCAACAACUCCACCAACUGGGUCUCCCAGGGCCCUUGCAACCCCAACGGCAUGCCCAGCGGUCCCCCCAUCGAUGGUAUUCCCACCCUGGCCGAGGCUCAGCAAUACGCUGCCUCGCUGACCAACUCGACCUACUUCCAGCAAGUCAAGGCCUCGAUCGCCACCCGCGACAACUCCAUCGUCAGCGCCGUCGCUCCCCUGAACCCCAGCAACCCUUCCAACGUCAAGCGUGUCGAACAGUACCUUCCCCUGAGCAAGUGGCAGUACUACUUUUCGGUCGCCGAUCCCCUGUACACCUACACCGGCUUCCUCCAGGCCGUCGCCAAGUUCAGCGGCUUCUGCGGUGACUAUACCGACGGCCGCGAUGCCGAUGCCCUCUGCAAGCGCUCGCUCGCCACCAUGUUUGCCCACUUUGACCAGGAGACCGGCGGCCACAGUGUCGAGCAGUACGGCAUCCCCGAGUGGCUCCAGGGCCUCGUUGCCGUUCGGGAGAAUGGCUGCCCUGGCGGCGCCAGCUGCGGCUACAACAACGACUGUGUCGGCAACCCCUUCUGGAACAACGUCUGGACCUGUGGCAAGGACUCCUCUGGCAACUGGCUGCAGUACUUUGGCCGCGGUGCCAAGCAGCUCAGCUACUACUACAACUAUGCCGCCUUCAGCGAAGUCCUCUAUGGCGAUGCCAACCUCCUGCUCGACAGCCCUGACAAUGUCGCCACCACCUGGCUCAACCUGGCCUCGGCCGUGUUCUUCUUUGUCUACCCGCAGCCGCCCAAGCCCUCGAUGCUGUUUGUCAUUGACGGUACCUGGGUGCCCAACGCCGAUGACAUCUCGCGCGGCCUCGGCAACAACUUCCCCACCACCAUCCAGAUCAUCAACAGCGAGUGCCAGGACUCGCCCACCAAGGCCGCCGCCCAGAACCGCAUCAACUACUACCGCAACUUUACCGCCGAUCUCAGCAUCGACAUCAGCCACGACAACAUGGCCUGCGCCGGCAUGGGUCUGUUCAGUUCCGCCAGCUCCGCUGCCAUCUACAUCUACUGGGACCAGUCCUCGACUCCCUACGAGUGUGAGCUGGUCAACUACCAGACCCCUUUCAACGGCCUGAUCGAUGGCCAGUACGUUGCUUGCGUCGAGCACUUCUGGGACGUCACGCUGAAGUAAAUGCUCUCCAUCCAGAGAAGACAUGGCACGGUCCCUGCUUCUUUGCCCCUCCCCUAUGAAUGUGUGUCCGUCAUGAAUGUGUAUGCAUAUAUAUGUGCGCCCCUAUGAAUGUAUGUCCAUAUGAAUGUGUAUCUCGGCGAAUGUGUGUGCCUAUGCGCCCUCCCUCUAAUGAAUAACCGAAAUUGGCUGUCUUGCCCUCCAACAAAGCCUCAUUUUCCAGCCUGUUUCUGC